UGAACAGCACGGAAUGCAUAUACUUCCGCUUCACGUUUCCCCUUCUCAGGUUCGGACUGUCAUAAAAAUAGCUUCUUUUUCUUCUAGCGAAAAGGUGUUUGGUGAUUUAUGGACCACAGGAGUAAGAAAAGAGUAUGUGAAGCCAAAGAAAAAGCUCGACCUGAACUUAGUAAACCAGGAGCCUGGGAAGAGCUUAACUAUUAUCAGACAUUUGAUUUGGAUCCAGACCCUGUGGCAUUAAGAGACACUUUUGAUAGGAUUGAUGGGCAGAAAAUUUCUUUACAGGAGUUUAGGGAGAAAUAUGAAAUUCCCUACAAACCUGUUGUUAUUACUCACUUGACUGAUGGCUGGAAAGCAACUGCAAAGUGGACUUAUGAGAGACUUGCAAAGAAGUACAGAAACCAAAAGUUUAAGUGUGGCGAGGAUGAUGAAGGUUACUCUGUCAAGAUGAAGAUGAAGUACUUUGUGGCUUAUACCAAAUGUAACAGAGAUGACAGCCCACUCUAUAUAUUUGACAGUAGCUUUGCAGAGCAUCCCAAAAGGAAAAAGUUGCUUGAAGAUUAUGAAGUGCCAAAGUAUUUUACUGAAGAUUUGUUUAAAUAUUCAGGGGAAUCAAAGAGGCCACCCUAUAGGUGGUUUGUGAUGGGUGGGGCCAGGUCAGGGACAGGGAUUCACAUAGACCCCCUGGGGACCAGUGCUUGGAACACCUUACUGCAGGGACAUAAAAGGUGGUGCCUAUUUCCCACCACCACUCCUAAAGAACUAAUAAAGUUAAAGAGCGGGGAAGGUGGAAGACAAAAAGAGGAAGCUGUGACUUGGUUUAAAUUUGUCUAUCCACGCACACAGCAGCCAGAUUGGCCCGAAGAAUAUAAAGCAUUGGAGAUUCUCCAAAAACCAGGGGAGACUGUUUUUAUUCCUGGUGGGUGGUGGCACGUGGUGCUAAACCUUGACAACACGAUAGCAGUGACACAGAAUUACUGCAGCAGUGUCAACUUCCCUGUGGUCUGGCAUAAAACUGUGAGAGGAAGGCCAAAGCUCUCCAAAAAGUGGUACAGGGAGUUAAAGAUCUACAGACCUGACCUGUCUUCGGUGGCUGACAAAGUGGACCUCAGCAAACCAACAGGUUUUAAUUCAGACAGUUCCAGUUCUGAUUCCUCCAGUUCAAGUUCCAGCAGUGAUAGCAGCUCAGACAGUUCCGACUCUGAGGGAGACAGUGAAAGUGAUGGACAGAGGAAAAGUAAAAGGAGAAGAACCAGUAGAUCCCUGACACCUAAUGGCAGCAAAUCCCGUCGCACUUCCAAGUCAAGAUCAAAAUCUAGUACCAGGUCUGACAGCAGUGAUCAACAUGAACGACGAAGCAUCUCUACAACUCCUAAGAACUGUCGGUGACAGACAUUUAUGUAAUGCUAAGAUCUGUCAUUGACUGGGACACGACUGCAUCAACACAUCAUCAUCAACAGCCAAGGCACGAGCCUGAAUUAAGUUUAUUCACUAGUCAGCGUGCCAUGAUUUUUUUUCCUGAGCAAGUCAAGAACAAGUUUUAGCCAUUCUCACAGCUUACUAAGUUGAUUGCUGUUGGUUGAACAUGGUCUCUUGGUCAUAAAGUUUUCUGUUUCUUUUUAAUCUUUUUAAUCUUUU